AAACUAAAUCGUGGUGGUCAAAGUGAAAAUUGCGUCUGUUUUGCCAAUUUAGCCAGUGCUUCGUCGCGGUACCAGUGUCUGGUGUGUCGCUAUUCCGCUGCCACUUCGUUUCUGUACCCUGCUCCUGCGGUAGUCGACUGUCCAUUUCCGCGUGUGCGUUCUGCGUAGCAAAAAGUGCAGGAGGAGCACCGUGCGUCUCGUCCCCGAGCACCCAAAAAGCUGGUGUACAGCGCGCUGGUGUUUACAAUCCGGGAAAACACCAGGGUUUCGAAUUACGGUGUGCACCCGCAACGUGUGUCCCCAGUCCCAGUACGCCAGACGCAGCGCCAGCAACAGCGGCGGAGGCAGCGAAAAAAGCGCAGAAAGUUUGCCACAUCACAGCACACCUCGCCGUGUUCGUCGUGCGUGCUCGCCUUUCCCAACAGUCGGCGUCAAUGUGCAGAAGCAAGGAUGAAUUGCGAAAUCCAGGACAUCCAAUCGUUAUUGGAAUAUUUCGCCAAAAAUAUGUACCGCGCAAAGGAUUGUGAAAAUGGCAAUGACGUUAUGCAUCGGUGUAACGUACUACUCCAACAGGACUACAGUGUGAUCGAGAUCAGCAACAGCACCGGUGAACUAUCGGCCCACUAUCCCAGCAACCUGCUCAUACCGGAGUACGAGUACAAGAACUUCACCAGCAGCAACAAUACUCAACCACCGGCCACCAACGGUUUCGGUAACAGCGAUUUCCUGCCCCGCCCAAGUAACGUAGCCACCGACUUACGGUGGCCACAAUCACAGCAACCACCCAGCGCUCCACAGCCCCCUGCUCAGCAGCAGCAGCAGCAAACGAUCUACGAAACCACGUACGAUGGAAACAAGUUGCGUGAUUUGAUCAAUAAGGCACGCUUUGCCCGCUGCCGGGCCCGAUUCCCUCUCCCAGUGAUACUGUACAAGGGCAAGUACAUCUGCCGAUCGGCCACACUUUCCGGAGGGCCCGAGAUUUAUGGACGUUCCGGGCUAGACUACCUCUUCUAUAGCCUAGACUCGACCGUUACCUCGCCAACACUGGACGAGGAUGCUUACGAGGCACGCGAAACAUCGCUGCCCGAGGACACGCUCGACGACGAGCCGAUCACCAACAGCGACUGGCAGCUGUUCGAUCGCGUUCGCAGCCAAGACAUCAAACUGCUGAAGACACUGAACGUGGGCACAAUUGUGGACUUUAUGGUGGAAAAGAAAAAGGUCAAGUUCGGCAUGAACGUAACGUCGUCGGAAAAGGUGGACAAGGAGAAACGAUACAGCGAGUUUCGCAUCGUUUCGCUCCCAUAUCCGGGGUGUGAAUUUUUCCGCGACUAUCGCGACAAUAACUACUCAGGCGAGGGGCUGAUCUUCGAUUGGUCGCAGGCGCACGUCGACGCCAGUAUAGGCGUGCCGGAAGACGCGGCAACGGCACUGCUCAACAUCGAUUGGGAGAACUACAAGGACUGGGAUUUGGUGCGGAUCACGCAAAACUAUCUGAAACUGCUGCUCAAGUAUCUGCAGGAGAGCAGUUCCGGACUGCUCAUCCACUGUAUCAGCGGCUGGGAUCGCACACCGUUGUUCAUUUCGCUGCUAAGACUGUCGCUCUGGGCGGACGGAGCCAUCCAUCAGUCGCUAAGUGCGGCCCAGAUGCUCUACUUUACGAUUGCCUACGAUUGGCUACUGUUUGGACACAAUCUGCCCGAUCGGUUAAACAAGGGCGAGGUGAUAUUUUUCUUCUGCUUUUACGUGCUCAAGUACAUCGCAGAGGAUGAGUACAGCAUCUUGGGACAGCGCUACAAAAGCAAACAUAGCAGUGGCAGUAGCAGCAUAGGCGUGAUACGAACGGAUAGCGAAAGCAUGCUCGACGGUAUUCUGCUCGAUGGCGAAAGUCGGGGCUCGAGCGUUUCGCUGAACUCCACUUGCAGUUGCCUUAGCGGUCGUAGUUCGUCGCAACACGACACUCAGACUUGUAUCAGUAUCGGUGGUGCUGGUGGUGGCGGCGGUGGUGGUGGCAGCGGAUCCGGUGGUAUCAACGUUACGAUCGGUGGUUCGAGUCUCCACCAUCCCGAUUGUCAUUACAGCAUGAGCAGUGGAAGGCCGAUCGUCGGCGGCCAUCACCACCAGCAUGACGACAGUUUGAAUGCAACCAAUGGUAACGGCUGGUUAGCGCAUAGUCACGAUAGUAAUAGCAGUAUUGGAUGCAUAUCGAACGAUAGUACUACUAAUCUCAGUAAUCAUUGCGCUUGGUCACCGCAACAGAAAAGAACUAGUCCCGUGUCGGUUCCGGUAGCGAGUAGGUUGCGGCAGCGACAAGAAUCGACAUCCUCGCUGUCGGUCGGCAGCUGGCAGAUGAUAUCGGGAACCGGCAGCCUUCGCAGUACCGGUUCGGCCACGGAACUGUGCAAUGCCACCGGGGGAGCACCACAUCAGUUGCACCAUGUAUAUAGCCAUCUGUUUAGUAACACCAAUCACCCGGGUGCUGGGCGGCCGACCGAUCAUCCUAGUCUCAAUGCCACGACCCCUAACGCAAACCAACAGCACCAUCCGGCAGCGGUUCCUCUCCACUGUCAUUCGGGUCCCUUUGGACACGGGUCCCAUCCACAACACCAGCCGUCUCAGGACUCAAGCUGCGGUACGAUCAUCGACGACGAUUGUUUUAACUCAUCCUUCAGUCACGACUGUUAUGCCAUGCGCCGCGAACGUUUAAACCAGGUGCGCACCCUAUUCUACAACUGCUAUUACUCGACAAUUGCGUUCAAAUUCAAAACCGUCCCCGAUUCCGCGCUCGGUACCUUGCUCGGUAAUUUUGCGGAAAAAGUGGGGCUCGCUCACCGGACUUCGGUUUGAUUGUGGUUGGGCCGUCGACCGAUUCUGCUCUUCCACACACUUCAUGCCCAUCGGCGGACACCGUGUUGCCUUUGCGCGUGUGAGAGGGAGUCAGGGAGUGAAAAAAGGAAGUCUUCCGCUCGGAGCGUAUUUGGAAUUGACACACACUGUCUUUUUUACAUUUAUUUUAAUUUUUUGUUAGUUCUCCCUUCUGUCUAUUGGUUCUAUGAAUUUAUAAAACUUAUUGGUAAGCGACGCGUGUAACUCAGGGGCAGUGUUUGCACCCCUUUCCGGAAGCGGGUGAUUGUUUUGUUCUAAUAAAAAGCAGAACACCG